AUGACCCUCGCGUCCCUGCUCUCCGUGAUGGCGACGACGGCUACGACUGUGAUGGCGACGGCCCUCACCACCCCCUAUGUCCAGCCAAGUGGAUGUACCUCGGCCUUCGAGCUCACAACCAUCACGGCCAGCCCGCUGGGCACACCUAGGACCGUCAAAGUACUGGCAUCCGAUGCCGCAGCCCCAGGGUUCUCCUCUUGCCAGCCCUCCGGCUGGGAUACAGGCGCCAGCGAUGACGAUCUGUUUACCUUCAGCCCUGCCGUUUGUCCGCAGGACUGGACGUAUUACGAAAUGUCGUCGACAAAGGACUACUCCGCGGCAUACUGCUGCGCCAGCGGUUUCACCUUCCGAGCUGAAGGGUACGUCCUACCGACAUCUGCUCUUAUGCCGGCGUGUGGGCGGACGAUCAACUCCGGGGAAACGACGAUCACCGCCCCACUUGCAUCGCGCACAGAUGCCACAGGCACAUUCACACAGGGAAUGAUUGUUCAUCGCGCAUGGCACGUCACAUGGGCUGAGUCGGACACGGCGACCAUGUCCCCCUCGUUGCCACCAUUGACGUCGGGCAAGUACCUCGCCGUCUGGAAGCCCGGACAGGGGGUCCCUGACGGGGCGUUUGACCACCACAAUGGCGAUAAUAGCGGUGUCAGGGGAUGGAACUCAUUGCUGUACUUCGCGAUGAUAGGGGUCCCAAUUAUUGGGGUGGCUAUUCUGGCUUGUGGGGGGGUGGCUUUGUAUCCGGAGACGCAGGAAGCGUCGUGCUAG